UAAGAACUUCCUUUUUGCUCUAUGUUUCUCCUCAAUAAUAUUUGGGAAGAGAAUGGUUUGACCUGAUCUCAUUUGUUGUCCUUUACAGAACAGAAGCCAGGUAGCCACUAUGAAUGAUCUGCAAGGUCAAAGAGACGAAGUGUUUACGGACAAGAAUGUAUCAUCAUGCGACUUACCAGAGAUCGUAGUCUGUAACUGCAAGGAGCUUACUCAUAACGUCGUCAAAGAUAUAUGUGUCGAUGAAGGUGUACCUAUGGUGAAGGAAAAGUUCGUACUCAACAAGGAAGAAACUGUAAAAGUAAAUAAGAAUGUUUCCGAAUCCAAGUCCUUAGAAGACAACAACCCUGAAGAAUGUGUUGAUGAUACUAAAGAUGUUAUUGAGUUGGUUGUGACUGAAGAUGAAGUUGGUUGCGAGAAGUCUCCAUCUGAAGAUGUAGUAGCUGAAUCAGAAACUGGGUCUACAGUGUCUUUAACCUUGGGAGAGAUAAUAUUAAUGGAAGGUUCCAAUAAACUUGACAAUAAUGUCAACACUUAUGAAACUGAAGACAACCUAGGCCGUGAGAUAUUAGAACAGAGGAAAUCAGGGGAGAAAAAAUCAGUAAGCUGGAGAUAUCUUCCUUCUGAAACGGUGGAAUCACCAGAAGAUCGACGACUAAACAAUGUAUUCAUCGGGGACUAUUAUGAUCAUCACCAUCUAUUCCCACGUAACUUCCCAAAUGAGUUUGGUGCAGAAAGUUUCUCUGGAUCAGAGUCAGGUUUAGGUUAUAUUACUUACUCUGCCCACAUUUCAAUCUCCCGAAGCUUCUCAGCUCGUUCUGAUGGAAGCACAGUCAGCGGACAAUCCUUCGCUUUCCCAGUAUUGCAACAGGAAUGGAACAGCACUCCUGCAAGAAUGGUGAGAGCUCAGAAGCGACAAUUGCAAAAAGAGAAAGGGUGGAAACAUUACUCUCGUCUCUGUUGUAGAUUCUGCAGAUCGUGAGUGAUUUUUUUCGAGUUUUUGAGUGUUUUUUUCCUCGUUUUCAUGUGUUGCUUUAAUGACAAGGCACAAAAUCCUAAGUGCGGCAAGCUUGUGUAUCAAAACAAACUAUUGAUUGUUAUUUCCUUCGCUUAAAUGGGCUUUUUCUAAGAACCGAGGCCCAUUUGUUUGCAACUUGUUAAGGAAACUGUAUACAAACUUGUCGUAUUAGUUGGUAAAGUCGGUAACAAGUUGCCACG